GACUAAUACCAGUCACGCCCACUGCCAAUAUGUCACUGUACAGGGUAGGUCUAUCCAGAGGAAUGUUGAGCUCAUUCCAGCGAGUGAUGAGAGGGGAAGGACUCCACACGAGCAGUGCAGUACAGUACGAGUAUAUUAAAGUGGACAAGAGAGGAGAAAAGAAAAAUGUUGGCCUGAUUCAGUUGAAUCGUCUCAAAGCACUGAAUGCCCUUUGUGAUGGGCUGGUCUCUGAAAUAGGAGAAGCACUUCAAGAAAUGGAAACUGAUACCAGCAUUGACGCCAUUGUGAUCACUGGUAGUGAAAGAGCUUUUGCUGCUGGAGCUGAUAUUGCUGAGAUGAAGGAUAAGUCUUUUCAGGAUUGCUAUGCUCGAAAGUUCCUAUCUCAUUGGGACAUCAUUUCAAAGUGUCCCAAACCAACAAUAGCAGCUGUGAAUGGAUUCGCUUUAGGAGGAGGUUGUGAGGUGGCCAUGAUGUGUGAUAUUAUAUAUGCAGGUGAAAAGGCAAAGUUUGGCCAGCCUGAGAUUACACUGGGUACAAUACCUGGAGCAGGAGGCACCCAAAGACUAACUAGGGCCAUUGGGAAAUCAAAAGCAAUGGAAAUGAUACUAACAGGAGAAUUUAUGAGUGCACAGGAGGCAGAGAAAGCAGGUCUUGUUAGUAAAGUGUUUCCGGUAGAGGAACUGGUGGGAGAGGCUAUCAAGUUAGGUGAACGUAUUGGUGAGUUCUCACAGAUUGCAGCUGCAAUGUGUAAAGAAGCCGUUAACAUGUCUGACGAAUUACCACUCAGUAAUGGUUUGUUGUAUGAGAAGAAAUUGUUCCAUUCUUCAUUUGCUACUGAUGACAAAAGAGAGGGAAUGACUGCCUUCCUUGAGAAACGUAAACCAGACUUUAAAGACAAUUAAUAAUCGAAUAAUGAUAAAAAAUUAAUUAAUACUACUACAAAAAUAAUGAUAAAAUUUAAUUAAUACUAGUACUACAAAAAAUAAUAAUAGUAACUGUUAUUGUUGCUUAGUGUUCACAACAAGGAAUUUGACCUUUUAAUGUGGUCAUAAAGUAUAACAAAAGUA